UAAACACACGUUCAGUUUCUGUAAUAACCGCCCCCCGCGAGCACAACAGCUCUCAGCGCGGCGUUUAGGAGGAAAGCCUCGCUUCAGAGCUUUACUUUCUCACGCACAACAUGGAACAGAGGAUGUUAGUUAGAAAACAACAGCGCAUGAGGCAAAAACAAGCGCGGGCACCCGCAACUUCACGCGCGAACGCGCUGACAGCGAUUUAAAAGCCUUCGUAAAAGUUUCGCUGACGCGCGCGUGACGUUGGACGAGUCAAAUGUAACUGGCGACCGCUGUCAGUUUUGUUUGUUUGUCUUUAAUAAUUAAAAUCGGAGGGAAGUGUAGGUUGGCAUGGGGGCCAAACAGAGCAGUCCCGCUGCUAACGGGCGUACGCGAGCGUACUCGGGUUCGGAUCUCCCGUCGGGCACGUCGUCGAGUAACGGCAGCGGCAGAACGGCGGCGAUGAGAUAUCACGCGCACGGCACCUCAGGUGCUACAUCGUCGUCUUCAUCAUCAGCGGCAGUGGCCUCUAUUGGUACCAGGACGCGCUCCGUCGGGGGUGGCACCGGUGGCUCGGGCGCUCGACCCCAGUCGAGCAUUAAUAUACCGAACUCCGGACCGUAUAGUUCUCAAGAGUCCGGUAACAGCACACCGGAGGAGAACGGCGGAGAGAGAGAGCGGUCAACCGGCACUCCGAGACUGUUGAUCGGAUCUUUACCUGCUCACCUGUCGCCUCAUCUCUUCGGAGGUUUCAAGUGCCCCGUCUGCUCCAAGUUUAUUUCUUCAGAUGAAAUGGACCUUCAUCUGGUCAUGUGCUUGACAAAACCUAGAGUGACAUACAACGAGGACGUCCUGGCGAAGGACACAGGAGAAUGUGCAAUAUGUCUGGAGGAUCUGGUCCAGGGAGACACCAUCGCACGCCUGCCCUGCCUCUGCAUCUAUCACAAAGGUUGUAUUGAUGAGUGGUUUGAAGUGAACCGAUCGUGUCCUGAACAUCCUUCAGAUUAAAAGCGCCUCUCACACCUUUGCACAGCCUCCUGGUCGUGAGAAGCGAUGUGUCCCACUAGCGGACAGCAAUGUGAAUUCUCUUCCUCCUCAUAGACACUGUGACUUUGGUCUCUUCAGGCCGAGCAGGACGCCCUGAUCACGGAACGCCCCUCUCUUCUCGUAGCACGACUCUCCCUAGUCGCCAUAUAAACCCUAGCGUGCCAAAACUCAUUCAGGGAAACUCUUUCCACAUCACAGUCCCAUGAAAACCACAGCAGAGGAUGUGACACUUGAGAUUUUCUCCUCUGUUGCACAGUUUUUCAAUCAGAAACUUGUGAAGAAGGCUGAUCUAGUAGAAGUUGAUUGGCCGGACUCAAGGUCAGCUGACUCGUAAAUUAUUGGAUUGUUCUGCAAGACUUUCUGGUAAAUGGGACUGUCUCUCUCAGUGCCUUAAUUUUCAGAUCCCAAGGUCCGAAGUGGCUGCGUUUCGGAUGUUCUUCAGUGGAAGUGCUUGAUGGACUCGGAGAAAGACACCUGGAUAUGACGGACAUGUGACCCCUGAUUCAGGUCGGCCCUGAGCCAUACUGAGAAGUGCCCUGUCUUUCAUAACGCUUGACGCGGUUGUGUUUCCAUUGGAGCCGUUUUCUCUCUCGAUUCCCAGAUGGACGAAUGUCCUGUACAUCUUGAGUCUUGUAGCAAUAUCUGUUAGAUAAAGAUUCACUGUAGCCUCUCACAUGGUUCUCCAUGAUGUCUGAACAUCUCAAGAUCAUUUACACAGGUGCAUCAUAUGAACAUUUAACGUUUUGUCUUGAGACAAAUCUGGGCCUUAAUUCAACACAUUUUGGGUGAAUCUCAUCAAAACAUGUCAGAAAGAGCUUUAUCAGGUCAAAAUCCGAAUACUAAAUUAUAUUUUGCAUAAAGAAAAAAAGUCUGUUUUUGGGGAACAUUAAUGUAAUGCAGUUAUUUUGAUUAAAAUCAGAAUAAAUUAAAUGUGGUGCAUCAAAUACUACCAUGAUGAUAUCAUUAUUAUCAUUAAAUAAAUUAUUUAUUGAAUUUUUUUUGAAAACCAGAGGGGGUGAGGUUAAAGGAUUAGUUCACUUCAGAAUUAAAAUUUCCUGAUAAUUUACUCACCCCCAUGUCAUCCAAGAUGUUUAUGUCUUUCUUUCUUCAGUCGAAAAGAAAUUAAGGAUUUUGAGGAAAACAUUCCAGGAUUUUUCUCCAUAUAGUGGACUUCAACAGUUACCAUCGGGUUGAAGGUCCAAAUGUCAGUUUCAGUGCAGCUUCAGAGAGCUCUACAUGAUCCCAGAUGAGGAAUAAGGGUCUUAUCUAGCAAAACGAUCGGCUAUUUUCUAAAAAAAAAAAAAAAAAAAAAAAAAUUUGUAUACUUUUUAACCACAAAUGCUAGUCUUUUAAUAGCUCUGUGAUGCGCCACACAUUACGCAGUCACGUUGGAAAGGUUAGCACUAGCUCUGUGGCGCAGAGCAGUGCAAGAAAAGCAUUUGUGGUUAACAGUUGGUAACUGCUGAAGUCCACUAUAUGGAGAAAAAUCCUGGAAUGUUUUACUUAAAAACCUUUAUUUCUUUUCGACUGAAGAAAGAAAGUCAUAAACAUCUUGGAUGACAUGGGGGUGAGUAAAUUAUCAGGAAAUUUUAAUUCUGAAGUGAACUAAUUCUUUAAUUGUAAUAAUGUAAAAUAAAAAAUGUUAAGGGUCCUAAUGUAUCUCCUUUGUCUUUAAGCGAAAUAUAAUUUCUUAUUUCUUUUGAUUUUGUGAUGAAAAAUGACAUUUCUUGACAGGUUUUGUGAGAUUCACUCUUCAGUGAUGUUAUUUAGGGCUCCUUUAUGUUUAAACACAUUGUACAUGCAUUAAAUCAUAUCAUCCAUUUUAUAUGAGAAACAUAAACCAGGCACCACAUCAGGCCAAAUGGGUGAAUCUCACAAAAUCCCCAGGUCAUAUUUUACCUCAAAAUCAAAGAAAUUAGCUUAUUAUAUUUCACAUUGUAACACAUUUUCAUGACAAUUAUACAGAUUUUCACUCCUUCAGUAUAAGUAUUUAUACAUCAUGAUAGUAUUCAUUGUACUUCUCUCAAUUUAUGCUGAUUUAAAUUUUUAAAAAUCACUGUAAUAAAAACGCGUCGGUAAAAUGUUCUGCAUUACAGAACUUACGGAAAAUGUGCUUGAUUGUUACGAAAAUGAUGUCACAAAUCUUAAUGGCUUUGUUUUCUUUGUUAAACAGAAUUGUGACCUGAGAUUGAGCUGAAUAAUUCUAUCUUUGUCUUUAGUUCACCUGUAGCUGCUGAAACAAGCUUUAUUUCUCUUUGUCGUCUUUGGGAUUUUAUCACUCAAUCUGUUUAUUUUGCGCAGUUCAUAUAGUUUGAUCUAAAUCAUAGAGCCAUGUGUGUGAUUUAUAUCAUUUAAACACUCUGGGUCACAUUUCAGCCUCUUUUCCCAAGAUCCACAUCAUAAUGGUCAUUCUCCAGUAGGUUUUGACAGCUUCAGACAGACGCGCUGCUAACUAGUUUUUUAAAGUUACUAAUCAGAGAUUUUACAAGGGAUUUUUUUUUUUUUUUUCAUUACAGAUUUACACUCAUUCUGUUUUUACCAGCCUCAAGUAAAGCCUUGUGUGGUUGGGUUUAUAUGAGGCAUUAGUUUUGGUGUUGAAUUUGACCUGUGGACUAACCAUGGCCCGUUGAAGCUGAAUUGGAAAGCGUGACUUCACUGCAAAAAAAAAAACCCUUCGUAUUUUUGUUUUCCAGUACAAAUAUCUAAGCAUUCUUAAACAAAGAUGCAUUUACUUGGGAUGCAAAAUUACCUAAGAUAUUAAAGGGAUAGUUCACCCAGAAAUAAAAAUUCUGUCAUUUACUCACCCUCAAGUUGUUCCAAACCUGUAUGAAUUUCUUUCUUUUGCUGAACACAAAGGAAGAUAUUCUAAACAGUUGAUGGACCCCAUUGACUUCCAUAGUAUUUUUUUCCCUACUAUGGAAGUCAAUGGGGUCCAUCAACUGUUUGGUUUCCGACAUUCUUCCAAAUAUCUUUUUUUUGUGUGUUCAACAGAAGAAAGAAAUUCAUACAGGUUUGGAACAACUUGAGGGUGAGUAAAUGACAGAAUUUUUAUUUGACAAAUGUUUCAAAAUUAACUGAGUUUAUGCUUUAAAACAAUGGGAUCAGAAAAAUAAGCUUAAUUCACAGGGAAAACAAGAUUAUUUUUCUUUCCACACUGGCAGAUAUUUGUUCUUGUUUUGAGCAUAAACUCACUUAAUUUUGAUACAUUUUUUUUAGGAAAGCAAGACUUUAUAUCUGACGUCAUUUUGCUUAUCAAGUAAAUGAUCCUUGAUUUAAAAAUAUUUAUUUUACUAAAAAUAAAGACAAAAAUACUGAGGAAUGAAAUCGUUUUUUGUAGUGUUCCCACUGUCAGAGUAUUACCGUAGUAUGGCCCAGCAUAUCAAAGGUGCCAUAAUAGCUUUAAAAUGCUGCUAAUCAUGUAUGUUGAGGGUGAUGAGAACCGGUUUCAAUGCGAGUCCACGUCAGGUUUGUUGCAGUCAUACCAGCACAGCUGGAAGAUGCUUUUGUUGUUUUUUCUGCUCACAUAACAGAAGAUAGAUGACAUCAUUGCACGCAAGUUGCAUGGGAAACACCACUAUUUUUAAAAAAGCCUUACCAGACAACUUGCAAAACACCUUUUAUGACAUAUCAUUUAAUUAAGUAAUAAAUUCACAUUUCUAAUUUUUUGAUGAUGUUCUUUCAUAUUUUGCUGUUUUGUGCAAAUGUCUGUUUCCAGCAGAUCUGAGCCCCGAUACAUCCGACUGGAUCAGUGACUGUCAAAAGCUUUUGAUAUAGAAGAUGGAGUGUUUUUUCUGUCUGUUUGUUUAAUGUGCUACCAAACUCCAUCAGGUAAUGAUCUAUCUGAUCUAGUUUCAUCCUUACAGCAGUUGAGAGGAAGCUGGUGCAAAGGAAACAAACAGGAGUUUGUGUGUGUGUGUUAUCAGUGGCCAUCCGGAUGAUCAUAAAGGUUUUUUUUAAUGAUUUAGAGAUAUUGUAACAUUCCAUAUGUAAAAAAAAAACUAUGUACAGAGAUAAUGAAAUUAAAAAAAAAAAAAAGCAAA